AUGUCAGCAAUGGAGUGCGUCUCCGUUCUGGAUUCAGAGAACAAUGGACAAGUUGGAGAGACCCCUAAAGUGCACAAAACGACAAAGGGUUCUACUGGGAAUGUGGCAAGGAAGAAGCUUGUUGACAUAAGCAAUUUGAGGCAGCCGCCUAACCUCUCUGUCCACGCAGAGAAGUCACAGUUUGUUGCAGUUAGUACUAAAGAGUACAUUGACCAGCUAAAGAAGGAAAACGUGUCGCUGAUGAAACUCCUUGCAGAUAAAAACAAAAUUGUUGAAUUGAGUGGAAUCGAGUUACAGAAAUUGAGGAUCAAUUUGCAGAAAGUGCAGCAACAGAAUUUGCAGCUCGCUCAAUCCAAUAGUCAGAUGGUGGGGGUAUGUUUUCCUCGGGCAUAUUCUGAAAGAACUAAAUACAGGUAAAGAUAGGGU